CAUAAACUCAUCAUCAUCAACCAUUUAAAAGAAUUUCAAGACUACAUUGACCAUUGAAAUCAGAAGCUAUUCAGCUAAACAUCAAACUUGUGAGUUCGGAAAUUCAAAAUGCUAAGAAAAAGAAUCCUGACAAAAGAUAGUAAAAGUUGUGGUAAUGCAUAACAUACACGAACACUGCUGAAGAUAAGGUUAUGGUUGGUUUAUGAUGAGUGAAUGACUUUGCUGCUAUCUUUGUGGUUGGAUGGUUCAAUCUUGGAGAUGCCAGAAGUGUUCGACAUUGCACCAUGCGAAGACGGUUACCGAAUGGGCUUCCUCAUAGGCCAGAGAUUCUCCAGUUUAAUUAGAAGCAGGGCGGCACGAGACGUCAUCCUGCAAGAGCAGCUCCUUCCCUUCGCGCAAACACCACCGGGAAGAGAACUUCUUGAAGCACUCUCUAUUAACAAUAAACAAGCCUACCCAAGGUACUGGGAUGAAAUGCUUGGCAUGGCUGAAGGCAGUGGGGUACCGUUUCUCGAAAUUAAAUUGGUGAACUUCAGAAAGGAAUUGUUACCAUUUGUUCAAAUGCAAGGAGGGCCACGAGAGGCGGUCGGUGGAGAAGACUGUUCUGAUGUUCUUGUUGUGAAUGAUUCCCUGGCUGUUGCUGCACAUAAUGAAGAUGCAAAUGUGGCUUUAGUUGGUCAUACCUAUUUGGUGAGGGUGGUAUUACCAAAUGGACUAUCUUUUACUGCUUACACUUAUGCUGGUGAACUCCCAAGUUGUGCUUUUGGCUUCAACAGAAAUGGACUGGCAUUCACGCUUAAUGCAGUACCCCCAGCAGAGACAGAGAUCAUGGCUGGAGGAAUUGGCAGGAACUUCAUAUCACGAGAUCUAUUAGAAGCAGCAGGACUUGACGAUGCAUUAAUUAGAAUCCGCUCAGCAAAUGCUUCCGUUGGACACAGCUACAACCUGGUGGAUGUGAGAAACCGCAAAAUAUUGAAUGUAGAAACUGCAUCAGGAAAUAGGAUUUCAGUCCAUGAAGUGGGGGCAACACCUUUCUUCCAUGCAAACAUGUAUCUCCACCUUCAAGUGCAGCAGGCUUCUCCAAUGAAGGUACCAAAUGAGAGUUCUCUAAGCAGACAAAGACGAGCAGCUCAACUUUCAGCAAAGUCUAAAGCCGAAAUAUUAUCAGUUCUCGGAGAUUCCGCAGAUGAAAAAUGCCCCAUCUACAUGACAGGUCCAAUGCUGCAUACGCUUUGCACUGUGCUGAUUGAUUUAGAUCAACAAGUACUGUCCAUACAUGAAGGCAACCCAAAAAAAGGAGAAGUCAUUUGUGCUUUCCCCAUUGUCAGAAAGUAAAGGAAGAUCCUAGGAAAUAAACUCACAUUCAGGAACAGACUGACUAAAUUUGCUGGCUCAUGGAGGCCCAACAUGUGCCCAUCAAUGCAACGCAAUGCAGCAACCUGCAUACUCAGUUAUCUCAUGUGAGCACGGCAUAUUAGAUGUAACCUCUUUUUUUGAAGUUCCCUUACAGUGCAUAAAUGUCAC